GAAUCAUACUUCAGCGGACUAGAGCCCGUGAUUUGCGGACGAACACGAUCGGCUCCCAAGAAAACCCCUGGAUCAUGGCCUCUUUCUACUCGAGGCUAGGUCAGCUCAUGCAUCGAUACCCUGCCAUGCCGCCGUGAAACAACUCAAUCGCCGCAUCACUCAACGGCCCGACUCUGAAUAGCACAGCAACAUGAACGCACAAUUUCCACGUUCAUUCUGCGUGCGGUCCGAACGCAACACAUAUAUGACAUCCCGGCGAUAACGGGCUUGAUAUGUUUCGAGCGCAUCCAGGAAGAUCCGGAGGAGUGGAUUUAUAUGCUCACCGUAAAGACGUAGUAGACACAGCAGUCAGUCGUUCCUUCGCCCACCCAGUUCAACUUUUGUGCUUUUGCGCACGUAUCCAUUCUUUACCAGAGCACUGCUCGUCCACGUUCAUUUUACCAUUCCUUUCUCAUCUCGAAGAUGAGGCAUUUUCACCAGUUGCUUGCCGCUGGGGCAGGCUUUUCUUCAAUUGCGCAGGCCGUCAACACCCUCGUCGAUGUUGGCUACGCGAAGUACCAGGGAGCCGUCGUUGACUCCCAGCUUGGCGUCUCUGCCUGGAAAGGCAUCCAGUAUGCGGCGCCUCCUACCGGCGAACGACGUUUCGCAGCACCGCAGGACCCCAUCGUCUCCGGACUCAUCAACGCGACUAGGCACGGUGCAACAUGCCCACCCAACCGUCCUGAUGAUUGGACCAUAUCCGGAGCCACCGAUCGCUUCCACGUCGCGGAAGACUGUCUUUACCUGAGUGUCUAUGCGCCUUCCAAGGCCAAAGUCAACUCGAAGCUGCCAGUGGUAGUCUUCUUCCAGGGAGGAGGCUUCUCAUCGCAGUCUAGCGCGAACUGGGAUCCUACAGAGAUCGUUUCAGAUGGUCAGGUCGUCUUCGUUCAGUUCAGCUAUCGCGUGGGUCUUUACGGUUUCCUCAGCAGUAAAGCGGUCAAGGCAGGAGGUGGCGACGUCAAUGCUGGACUACGCGACCAGAUCAAACUCCUUGAGUGGGUCAAGGAGCACAUCGAACAGUUCGGCGGCAACCCUGACCAUGUUGUCCUUGAUGGAGUCAGUGCUGGCGGAUCUUCUGUUGCACUCAUGCUAGCGGCCAACACCGGCAAGGAGCUGUUCGCUGGUGGCAUCAUGGAGUCGGGCGGCUGGGUCACGAUGCGCACCCCGGAACUGGGCGAGGAGCAAUAUCAGUGUCUGCUCGAAGAUAAGGGUUGUGCUAAUGCGACGAACGGCCUCUCUUGCCUGCGCGCAUUGAACGAGUCGGCUAUCCGAACAUCCAACUGCUGGUUCAACCCCAACAUCGACGGCGACCUCUACACCGACUCACUCGUUAACCUUUUCGAGCAGGGCAAGUAUGCCAAGGUGCCGACGAUCAUGGGAACCUGUGCCCAAGAAGGCACCAAGUACAACGCACCAGAGGAUCUCAACACCACAGCUGAUGCCGUCAAAUGGGUAGCCAACCAGGAUCCAAGUCUCAGUAACUCUUCCAUCUCCAUCCUUGAUGAUCUUUACAUGAAGCCCAAGAAGCCUACAUUCCCCGGCAAAGGCCUCUACUGGCGCCAUGCCGCUGAUGCCAUCGGCGACAUUGGCACCCACUGCCCAACACGCAACAUCCAGAACGCAAUUGCAAGCGACGACGUACCCACAUGGAACUACAAGUACGCCGUACAGGACCCUGCCGACGAGGCCGCUGGCUACGGCGCCUGGCACACCGUCAACGCCUACGCUUUCUGGGGCGUAAACCGCACCGAUAACAGCGAGCCAGCCAGCUACUUCACCACCAACGCGCCCAUCAUCCACCAGGUGCGCAGCUACUGGACGAGCUUCAUCCGAAACCUCGACCCCAACACCGACCGUGCCGAACGUGCUGUCGAGUGGAAGCCGUACACUGGUCCCAAGUCGCGUGAGAGGCUCUUCAUCCAGACAAACAACACCAAGAUGGAGCGUAUGAGCCCUGCGCAGGCGCUUAGGUGCGAUGUUGUUAGGCCUAUGAGCAACAACCUUGGCAAGCCGGUUGCGAAGGGUGUUGUUACCAACCUUAGUGCGAAGUUGGCGAAGAAGGUUAAGGGGGCUAGUGAGAGUACUGCAUGGAAGAAGGGCAGGAAGGAUGCUAGGGAGUCUGCGUAGGACGAUUGAGUGGGUGAAUGCCGCAUGAACAGGUGCUUUCUAAGCCUGUAAAGUUGAGAGGCGGCCUCUGAGCACUAUACCUUUUACUUCUUGUACAUACCCUUCUACCUAUGUCUUUUUUUUUGUACUCUUCUUUCGUCGCGGCGGAAACAACGCGCAGCUAUAUUCAUGGCCUCUCCAUGCAGAUGCUGAGCCUUCAUAACCGAAAGCUUGCAGAUGGGCAAUACACAAAACUUAUCGUCUUGA